UUAAGUCACCGGCGUUCAUAAACACGCCGAAAAGCAAUUAUGCGUGUUCAUAGCACGUCAAAAAUGGAAAUACAAUUUGGCGUGUCAUACAUAUGCCAUUUCACGAGAUCAGUCUGUAUAAAAGUAGACCUACUACUAGAUAUUUAUUGAAUUAGUAGGCGUACUCGUUGGUUUUAGUAUACGUUCUAGUAGGCUAUAAUGAAUAAUUCAACAGUAGUGAAAUUGAAAUAGUCACUAGUGGAUAACUCGCUAGUAUAAUAAAAAAGAGAGAAGCAUUAGUAACACAGAAAUCUAUAUUUAAGCAAUAAAUGUUCAAAAGGCUUGCCAUAGACAUAGCAGAGCUCUCGGCAUUUUUUUUUUUUUUUUUUUUUUCAAAUUCAAUUAACCUGUGACGCUGACCCGGUGAGGCGCGAGACUCGACGCGGUCCACCACUCUGAUUUUACGCGCAAACGUUGAUUUAUCUGUGAGUUAACAACACGGUCGAACAUGCGCGCCCCGUGCAGUGCGCGAGGUCUACAUGACGCGGGAAGAGCAGGAUAUUCCUCCAGGACAGUUUGAGGGUUACUUCUGCACCUGAAUGCGACCAGAGAGUAAGAACGCGACGAGAACGAUCGAGCAGGUGUUCAGCCGCCCGAACCUCACGAAGAAUGCAACUUCUCACCUGUACAUAAGGUACUGCUGGCCUAUGAAUGGGACUGUGCUGUGGCCACCACUGCUUUCUGCUCUUCAGUCAGGACUAUGUGCUGCCCAUGUGCCCCUCUGAAUGCACUGGCCAGCUGUUUGCGAGAGCAGGGAGGGUGGGGCGGCCCACCGGGGGCGAGGCGGAAACAGGGCGAUGUCCCCUCAGUUUCGGAUCGCAGUGCUGGGAGCUCAGGGGGUGGGCAAGACUGCCAUUGUGAAGCGCUUUCUUCACAAUGACUACAGUGAGGUGGCGGUGUCCAGUAAGACACGGCGGGUGCAUCUCUCUGCCGCAGUGCUCAAUGGUCAUGUGCAUGACCUUCAGAUUACAGAUUACCCAGCCAUCAGCAGCUUUCCUGGCAGCUCUCUGCAGGAAUGGUCAGAUGUUUGCUGUCGAGGCAUUCGGAGCGCUCAUGUGUACAUUCUGGUUUACGACAUCUGCUGUUUCGACAGCUUUGAGUAUGUCAAAAGCAUGCGGCAGCAGAUCUUAGAGACCAGAGUCAUGGGCUCUGGAGAGACGCCCAUUCUAAUAGUGGGCAACAAGCGUGAUCUGCAGCGAGGUCGCGUCAUCCCCCGACACAGCGUAUCUGACUUAGUCCGAAAGAGCUGGAAGUGUGGAUACGUGGAGUGCUCUGCCAAGUUCAACUGGCACGUUUUACUGUUGUUCGGAGAGGCUCUCCGCAGCAUGGGUUGCGCCCGCUGCAAACACGUCCAUGCGACCAUCCGUUUCCAGCGGGCGCUCAGGAGAGAGCGAUGUGUCCUAAUGUGAGGACUUCUGCGAUGGUCAUUGUGAAGCGAUUUAUGGGAUCUGUCAGGCGAUGGAUGCUCGGUUACUGUGUGGGUGAUAACCCUCUUGCCAAGGAACUUAACAUUUGGGAUUUUAGCUACGGACAGAUGUGGUCUUAAAACAGGAAGUCCAUGUUGCUUCAUUACCUAAGCCUUCAAAUUGAUGUCUCUCCUUUUGGACUGAGAGAACACAACGAACAUCUCUGCCUUUUAUCUUAGAAAUCCAAAUAGCUGGUGGAAGGUGACAAAAAGCAAAUCAGCUUUAAUGUUACAUUAGUAUGUCAUUGCUUAUGUUCCGGCCAGGACAGAACAUGGGACGCUCCUCUAUGUUUAUGAGUAAGGUUGGGUAUUGUAGCGAUUUCUGUUCUGAUUCUGCUUAUCGAUUCCUGUUCUUAUCUAUUCCCAGUCAAACAUUUAGAUAUCAAACAUAUUUAUUCUGUUUUUUUGCAAAACAUUCAGCUGAAUAACAUAAGCAAAAAUCAUCAGUCUAAAGAGCAACUAACUAAUAUACAUUUCUAAAAAUAUUAAUAGAAAUAUUAAGGAUAAGUAUACAGUCAGUAAUACAAAUAAGCAAAUUAGUAAUAGCUCAAAUAAAUAGUUUUAUUUUUUCUAAAUAAAAUAUAGAUUAAUCCUUAUUAAGUUAAGCUCAGUGAGUGAUCUUUUUCUUUUGUUAUAGAUUAACAUUUAUAACAGACUGCAGCAGGUUUAUUAGGCUGCUGUCACUUUAAGAGCUGCACGAAUACAAUAUACUGUUUCACAUGGCUUUUCGUUCGGAACUGUUUACGUUCACUUAAGAUUUAACCGACUGUUUUACGAGAAUAUUUUGUUUGUAUUUGUCCGUUCAGACGUAGACCAUAUUCGUUCACUACAUGAGAGGCAGCUUUAUGU